AUGGAUAAUCAGUCUUCUGUCUCUGAAUUUCUACUCCUUGGAUUCUCAGAAAUCUGGGAACGAAAGAUUAUGCAUUUCACCCUGUUCCUGAUUUUGUACCUUACAACUGUAGCAGGGAAUGCUGUCAUCAUCUCUGCAGUAGCACUGGACUAUCAUUUGCAUACCCCCUUGUACUUCUUUCUGAUGAACCUGGCAAUUCAGGACCUAGGGGCUGUUUCAGUUACUAUCCCCAAAUAUAUUAUUAGUGCUUUUAUAAAUGAUAGACAUAUUUCUUAUGUGGGAUGUGUGGUUCAAGUCUUUUUCUUUAUCUUCUUUAUAGGCUGUGAUAUUGCUCUACUUACAGUCAUGGCAUAUGACCGCUAUGUUGCUAUUUGCAAUCCAUUACAGUAUGAAAUGAUCAUGAACAGAAGAGCCUGCACACAAAUUGUAGUUAGUGCAUGGUUUGCCGCCCUUCUCAAUGCCAUAUUGCAUACUGGUGCGACUUUUGCAACCCCUUUCUGUUCAAACGUUGUCAAUCAGUUCUUCUGUGAAAUCCCACAAUUACUUAAGCUUGCCUGCCCUGACUUAUAUCAAAUUGAAAUAGGAGCUAUUGCAUUUAGUUUUGCGACUUGGCUUAGCUGUUUCAUCUUUAUUAUUGUAACAUAUGUGUACAUUUUCACUGCUGUUCUGAAGAUUCCUUCUGUUCAGGGAAGGCAAAGAGCUUUCUCAACAUGCAUACCCCACCUCAUUGUUGUCUCUGUGUUUUCAUUGACCUCUGGCCUUGCCUACCUGAGGCCCACUUCUAGCACACCAUCAACUCUGGAUCUGCUAUUUACCAUAAUGUAUUGUAUUCUGCCACCUAUGCUGAAUCCUUUAAUCUACAGCAUUAGAAAUACAAACAUCAGGGUUUCUCUGUCAAGACUUUUAGGCUCAAGGUCAUCAGUCAAGUAA